AUGGAAGAAUUACAGUGUAGUCUUCUUGGUUUUUCCUCUACCUCAUUGCCUCUCACAACUAGUGACAGCAUCGGUGGUAUUGCUGGGGGGCAGGGCUCUUCUGUUUUCUCACAACUUCACCCGUCUGAACGGGCCUUAAUUGAAGAGGUCCUUCCUCUUGGGGCCAUGUGUUUUGCCUUGCGUAAGGUCUCAACCGAUAUUGCUGUAGGCCGAACGGAAGGUUUAUAUCCUUCUGCCAUUGGUGCAGCCGUUACAUUGAUACUUCAGCAUUAUGAAGAAGCUGUUCAAAAUGCAAUGACACCUUCUGCUGUGGCUGAACUGCGUCCUACAUACUUUCCGGCAUUUACUUUAUUAUUAGAUAUGGUAAAACAGCAAAAUGAUACGGAUAUUCUAUUAUCUACGAUUCGUACAUUUGUGUCUAAUCGAGAGAUACCGCGAGAAUUUAGGGUUAUUCUUGGAGAAGCUGUAUGGAUGGGAUUACUCUAUACUAUAGGACAUUAUGUUGCCCAUGGUGUUGUCUUACAUGGACGUAAAGAUUUUUUUAUAACUAUGAAAUCCAAAUCAGGAAAAGAAGAACAUACACUACAUAGUGAUUUACUACCUCAUGGUUUAUCAUUAGAUCUUGGUUUAUUGAUUCUAUCUGUAGGAAAGGAACGCCGUGUACUUCUUAGUGAUGUGGAGAAUCAUGGGAAUGAUUAUCUUGAACAACUUGCAAUGGGUACACAAGAUGAAGCAGCAAAUGCUGUUUUUAAAGCUAUUUAUAAUCCAUCCUUAUGUUCUGACGGUAUAUUAUUAGUGGAUGAACUAGAAACACGUAUAGAAGCGGCAAGAGCCCUUUGGUCAAAAAGUUUAUGGUUAAAAGUAGGUGAACAGGCGGCAUUGCAUGAACACCUUGCCGCGAUGCGUGCUAUGUUUUUAUGCCACCGUGGAGAUCUCUGGCACACAUUUGUGGAAACGGCAUUCCCAGGUCUUGUAGAUAAUGCGGUAGUCUCUAGACCAAUGUUAACAGAGGCGGUAAUCACACGAAUAGUGGCAGAUGCUUUUGUACAUGCAUUAGGAGUUUCUGGUUUAGCGGAAUCACCUAUUUAUGAACGUUUUUCUACAUUUGUUGUACUCCCACUUGAUAUGAAUAGUAAUGGUAGUAGUACUGUUAUUAUUGGUAAUAUGCGAUCUAUUGAAGAUACAGCGCGAACCAUUUUAGGUUGUAUGCGAGGAAUGGGUUUACAUUACGUUCUCCCACGUGGACUUCAUUUAGUUAUAUCAGAGAAAGCUUUAGAAUAUUAUCAAAGAAUAUUUUCAUUUCAUAUAGCCAGGCGAUUUUCACUACAUGCUCUUCAUCUUUUUAGACAUCUUUUUUCAGGAGCUUUCGUUACAAAUACUCAGCCAUCUCCAGAGUUGAGACGUACCUUCGCACUUAUGCACUUACUAUUAUUCCUUCACACCACAUUAGGUUAUCAUCUUCAAGUAGAUGUGGUGGUAUUACAAACGUCAGAGGUUGAAAAGGCAUUAGAAAAAUGUAAAAGUGUACAAGAUGCAAAAAGAUGUCUUGAUCGUUAUGUUUGGCAUGUAGCGGAGGGUUCAUUCAUAACAGAAGGCUCUGGUCCAUUAUUAUCCGCCUGUGAGUCCCUCUUUCAAUGUUCGUUAGCUCUCUAUGUGUUGUGUAUUCGAUAUCGACUGACAUCUUGGGCGGUGAAUGGAUCACAGAUCCCUGCAGAAGUCUCUGCAGCCCUAACAGCAUUAGAAACACGUGUUCAUCAAGAUGUGGUCUCUGUUUUCACCGGUCAUCUCUCAGGAUCCGCCACUCGACCAACAGAGCGGGCACUAUGGGCGAGAUUAGACUUUAAUCGUUUUCUCUCCGCCGGAAUGCGCUUUCGCAUACCAACACAGUUUGCUCAACCUGCAGUUGCAAAAGCAAGAUUUUUGGGAUCCUCAGCGGGGCAAACUUCGUCAGCAACACCUGAGGCGAAUGUUUCUCGACGACGUGUCGAUAUUCUGCCACGACCAGCAAUAAGAGCAACAUCUGUGGCGGCAAAAUCAGCACACAAGUGA